AUGAACAACCACCCUUACGCUUCGGCGUACUCGAACAUGGCCGGCGCGUUCGCAAACACCUCGUCCAUGCAACCACAACAUCGGGGUAAUGCAUUCGACCACACCGGUGGCGGCUUUGCAUCCACAACGUCCCACCAGCCAGACGCCAAGCGUCCACGCACACAGGGAUCGGACAACAAGGAAGACAGCGACGACGAUGACGACGACGACGAAGACAGCGACGACGACGGCGACGCUGGCAACACAUCCAAGGCCUCCGCGACCAAGCCCAACCGCAAGAUCGUCAAGGGCCCCGACGGCAAACCAAAGGUCAAGCUGACUCGUGGAUCUCGGGCUUGCAUCGCGUGCCGAAAGAUCAAGAUGCGGUGUAUUCCUGACGAUUCGAGUGGUCCCAAUGGGCCGUGCAAGCGCUGCAAAUCGGGUGGCCACGAGUGCAUCUUUGAGGAGUCCAACCGCGGCAAGCGCAGCACACGCAAAAACGAAGCGUUGGCUGCCAAGAUUCAGAAGAUGGAAAACGCUCUGAAGAGCAUCGGAGGCGUGCGUAUCAUCAUCUCCACCACCCCAGCACUCAGCCACCUGGACCAAACAGCGCUCAACUCGUUCUCAGGCGGCCUGCAUGCAGCCACCAACGACCCCGAGGUGGUGCAGCUCAUCACCGCGCAGGUGUCGUCGUCAACGGCGCCCAACCUGGCCAUGGCAUUGAACAGGGGAUCGUACGGAAACCAUGACUCGGGCGUUCGUGGAGAGGACUCGUCAUCGUCACACCGUCCACCCCUCUCGCCACGACUGCACUCUCUUCCGGACAAUGUGCUCUCACCCUUGGGUCUGCUGGCAGAGGCCAGUCUCCAGAACACGGACAACAAAAAGUACAAUGUCUCGGGCCGUAAUGGCAACGCUCCCAUCCGUCCCUCGCCACUUAGCCUCGGCGUCGCUGCUGGAAGGAAUACCGGCCAACGUCACGCAAUGAGCGACGUGCGCGGUGGCGGCGACGACGGCCACGAGGUCGGUGUUGCCGCUUCCGACUACUUCAAGCCGGGUGGGAUCGGACCCUUUACGGGCAACGACGAUCGCGUCCCCGAGCUCCUGACGAUUGUGUCGAGCGAGGAGAUCAACGAGCUGUUCGACCUCUACUUCAAGCACAUGUCUUACCACGUGCCGCUCAUCUACCGCGAGUUCCACACACCCGAGCUGGUUCUCCAACGCAGCCAGUUCCUUUGCACUGUCAUUUGCGCCCUCGCCGCUCGCUACUACAGCAAGCGACCAGAGCUCCACGCUUCUCUCUCGAUCUAUGCCAAGCGCCUGUCCUUUGAGGUCCCGUCCCGAGGCUACAAGAGUGUUGAGGUGUGCCAGGCGUACCUCUUGCUGUCAAUGUGGACCCUCGGCCCGGAGAAGACGUUUGAGCAGGACCGCACGUGGCUCAUGCUGGGCAUGGCGAUCCGUAUGGCGACCGACCUCAACUUGCAUCGCAAGAGUGUAGUGUCCGGUCUCGACACAAGGGAGGGCCGCGAGCGCGACCUGGAGAUUAUCAACCGCGAGCGAUGCUGGCUCAUGUGCUUUGUCCUCGACCGCUCCGUCUCGGCGCAAAUGGGCAAGCCCUACACGCUGAGGGAGGAUUAUAUCAUCCGUCACGCCAACCAGUCGUCAUGGCAUAAGCAACGCUUCUCUCUCCUUUCGGACCAGGGUCUCGCUGCCUAUGUUGUACUCCAGCAGAUCAUGAGCCGCGCCAUCGACUCGAUCUACUCGUCGACAACGACCAUCUCGGGCCUCCGUGAGGACUGCGACUACAUGCUCAUUACGCGAUCGGCCCACGAGGAGCUUCGCCGAUGGAUCAACCACUGGACCAGAGUCAUGGAACGGAACCCCCCAGAAGAAGGUGCCACCGAGUACUUUUCGCGUGCAAAAUUCUACUAUGCCUACUCGUCCCUGGUGCUCUACUCGUUCGGCCUCGAGAACGCCCUCGAGCGCGCCAAGCUGGACAUUUCCUUCUUCCUCCAGAACGUCUACGAGGCGGCGACGCUCGUGUGUACGGUUGUCAAGGACGAUUUCAAGCCUCGAGGCUACUUGCCGUAUCUGCCCGACACCAACUUUGUCAUGUGCAGUUAUGCUCUCCUUUCGUUGCUCAAGCUCCUCAAGCCUGAACUGCAGCCAUAUCACGACUCAGAAGAAGCCAUCUUUGCCCUGGUUACGGAAGUUGCGGAUAUUCUCGAGGACAUUGCCGUCGACCCAUCUCAUCAACCGGCUAUCUAUGCGGCAUUUAUCCGCGAGAUUGUUCGGAAGACAAAGGACAUGAAGCGUCGCGGCGGAUCUGGCCACGCGUCGCACGUCGCAUCGCGCCCUGGUUCGCCGUUGCCAAACGGCACAGCCCAGCCUGCCCCCGCCGAGCAUGUGUUUGACCCUUCAUUAAUGGGCGAGGGAACAUGGCCGACGGACAUGUUGAACGCGGAGACACAAUUCGCAUUUAUCCCGCAAGGUGGCGACAUGAUGAUUCUGCCUUCUGCAGCUGGCCCAUCCGAGUCUGUCCAAAACUCGCCGUCUGCUGCCCUCGGCGGCGGCGCGUACGCGUCCACGGGCACGCCACAAGCGGCCCACGGUUGGGCAGAGUACAUGCCAACGUUCAUGUCGGCGGACGCAUUUGAUGGGUGGGACGGGUCCAUGCUGUUACCAGGCUUUGGGAGGGGCCAGAUGACGCUGGCGGGCGGUCUGCUCCAUUCACAGUUUGGCAGCGGUAUCAU